CAGAGAACAGCUGAUUUGAGAUUAAAAGCAGCAAAUUGUGUUUAAUUUCACAAUUAAAUUCUAUUUAAAAUUGAAUUCUGUAGAAAAUGCAACAAGAACCAGAAAAUUGUCCCGGAGUGGAAAGUACCAAUGCAGGUAUGGCCAGUGCCUGUCAAGGUUGUCCUAACCAACGAAUUUGCAGUGAUCCAAAUAAAAAAUUGGAAGAUCCGGGCAAGGCUUUGGUUACUGCUUCUAUGAAAGACGUGAAGCAUAAAUUGUUGGUGCUAUCAGGCAAGGGCGGUGUUGGCAAAAGUACAGUGACAAUGUUGCUGACCAGGUACUUAUCAAGCAAAUAUCAUGAACAAAAUUUUGGUGUGCUGGAUAUAGACAUUUGUGGUCCAUCGCAACCGCGUUUGCUUGGUGUUGAAGGAGAGAAUGUACAUCAGUCUGGUUCUGGUUGGUCACCAGUUGGUGUAGAUGAUAAUGUGUGCCUCAUGUCGAUUGGAUUUUUAUUGGGUUCUGCUGAUGAUGCUAUUAUAUGGCGCGGUCCCAAGAAAAAUGGCAUGAUACGACAGUUUCUCAGUGAAGUCGAUUGGGGCAAUUUAGAUAUAUUACUUUUCGACACACCACCUGGCACAUCAGAUGAGCAUCUUUCUAUUGUGUCGUAUUUACGCAAUGAUGGUGAUACUGAAAGUAAACCAUUGCGUGCUAUAAUUGUGACAACGCCGCAGGAAAUAUCAUUAUUAGACGUACGUAAGGAAAUUAAUUUUUGUAAGAAACAACGCAUUCCUAUUGUUGGUGUGAUUGAAAAUAUGAGCACAUUCCGUUGUGGCAAUUGUGGUGAAAACUCUGAAAUAUUCCCUGCAAAAACCGGCGGUGCGAAGACUAUGUGUGAGGAAAUGCAGGUACCUUUUUUGGGCUCAUUGCCAUUAGAUCCAGAAAUCACGAGAGCAUGUGAUUGUGGCGCCGACAUUACGGAGAUAAAAAGUACAACAACUGAAGCGCUGGCUAAAAUAUGUGAUAAUAUAAUGGGUAAACUGACGGAGUCGGAUUAAUAUUUUAUAACGUAAAGUAGUUAUGCAGUUUUUGUUAAUUAUUUGGAUUAGAAAUCUAUAAGAAUUCACAAUAAAAUCUAAAUAAAUUUAUAAUAAUUUACUCA